AUGAAUUCCAAAGUUUACAACGCUCUCUGCGCAGCCUUCGCGCUCGCCUACCUACUUGCCCCAGAUCUCCUAUUCAUCCCUGUGAUGCUAUGGGAAGCUUCUCCUUUGCCCUCUGCCUUUUGCAUGGCCAAACCUGCUAGAAAAAGACGCCCCUCUAUGAUGGGAGUGGAACCCUCAGGUAGCUUGUUGAGUGAGCGCCACGGAGGUAUCCCAGGACAUAUGUCUGUUAAUGAUUCCCCUUCGGAGGAUGAAGACGUUGUUUGCGUAGGAAAGUCGAACGUGUUCUUUGGAGCAGAGCUUCGGGGAUAUAUCCCACACCUCCUUCCUUUGCAUAAGUUGGAGAGUGGCAUUGCUACAAUGGUGUUCCCAGUUGACGGCGUAGCUGGUACCUGUGGGGAAACCCAUGCAAACCUUGACGAGGGUGUGUCGAGUGAGCUUGUAGACAUAUGCGAUGAAGCUGAGGUCAGCAUACGACUCAGAUUCAUCUGUGAAGAUUUUUUCUCAGGGGGUUUUGCAAACCCAAGACUCCCUGCAAGAUUUUUUGACACGAUGUUGGAAGAGGAGCUCAACGCCUCUGAAAACAAAGGUCAUUGCGACUCAUUGACUGAAGUCGCUGAGCCAGAGUGCGGUUUGGUUCCUAAGCUAGUUGAGGAGACUUUUGUUUUUGGACAAGAGUCCGUUCAGACCCCAUUGGGUUUGAACAAUGCUGGCUUGAAUGAUCCCAAGCCAAAGUUUGGUACAGUGCAAGGUCUAAAUGAGGCGUUCGCUUUAUCUUCUUGGCAGUCAGUAAAUGGCUUUUUUUGGGAAUGUCUCUCCACAGGACUUCCCACACCGAUGGAGAUUGACGACGACCUGGCUUGGAGUGAAGUCAUGGAAGUUGAAGGUCCCAUGGAGAUGGAUGAUGAUGAUGUCGAGGUGGUGGUGCCUACUGCUGAAUGUGGCGAAGAGUUCAUGGCCCACACCUACAAUCCUACGGUGAAAGAUUUGCAGUACGUCUCCCAGUCUGCAAACAAGGAUUGUUAUACGAGCAAAAUCCCAGCCUGUGUCCCGCAGCAGGCUGCAGACGAUAAGAUGGAUGAAGACACAAAAAAGAUUGUGCUACCUGGAACAUCCUCUCAGAAGAAGUACGAUGUACCUAGCCCUAGACGCAAGGAAGGUGCCGACGAGGUCAAGGGUAACAGAGAACAUCCAAUGGCGAUCUCCAGACCAAAAAAGGAGUGCUCAAUGAUCCCUCGGCCUGUCAGUCAAAAGGCCACUAAUGAAGGAUCGAAAAUCAAGUUGGCUUCGGCCUCUUGUGAUCGUCCUUCACAGCAGCCUAAGCCAGUCUCUGGCCUUCGCACUGAGAGGUCAAGACUUUUGUCCAAUUUUAUUUGGGAGGCGUCUGGACCUGCUACAGCAGCCAGCUGUAACAAGGGAAAGGCUCCGAACAAAGAAGUCAAGGCACAAGGGCAAGCCACUACCCCAGCUGCCAAGUAUUCUAUUCCUGUUGCUGCACCCAGCAGCAAAGAGGAGCAGAAUGUCAAGGCGUAUGAGUCGGAUCUUCCUGCUGCACCCAGCAGCAAGAAAGUGAAGACUUCUGGAAGUGGUGCGGCUAAAGCUGAGUUCAAGGCACCUUGGCAAGUAACUCCCCCGGCUGCCAAGCCUUCUACUCCUGUUGUUGCACCCAGCAGCAAAAAGGAGGAGAAUGUCAAGGCAGAAGAGUCAGAUCUUCCUGCUGCCCCCAGCAGCAAGAGAGUGAAGACUAUGGGCGGUACUAAAGCCUAUUCUGAUCCUAUUGCUGCAUCCAACAGCAAAGAGGAAAAGUGUUCUGAGGCAGCAGAGUUGGAUCUUUCUUCUGCACCCAGCAGCAAGAAAGUGAAGAUCAUGGGUGAUGAGAAGACCAAUCUAGUUGCUGAUCCCAUCAGUGAAGAGAUUGAACAAGCUCUAAUCCAGCCAUUUCCAACUCGCAAUCCUGCGUCAAAGCCGGCAAAGUCUUCGAGUAAUAGAGGAAAAGAGGAUCCAAAGAGCCUAUUGAAGUAUGUGCUCCGAUUCAAAGGCGAUCCAACUGUCAACAAGGAAGGUGUAGUGAAAGAAUCUGCGAAGCUGAUGAUUCCGAAAACUUGGACAAAUUUUUGUUGCCCCGUACGCUUCACCAAGCGGACAUCUUGUCUGUCGGUUGGCCCUGGAGCCAAGCCGACGCGGUCGGAAUCAAAGGUCGAUCCUGAAGCUUUCGGUAAGCUUUAUGGUGAUACUGGAAUUCCCAGACCUUUUACAGUACUUUUCCUUGGAACUAUCUGCGUGGGUUGGCUUGAACCUUUUGUUCGUAGGGUUCUUGUUGACUUCCUCACAGGUCUGAGGCCGAGAUAUGUGAGUGGUGGUUUUUGUACGAGUAGGGCUUCCGGAGUCCUUGAUUCUGGGUUGUUUUGGGGCCACGAUGGUCCUGUUGGCUGGUCUGGUCUGGUUGGCUAG